GCGAAUUCGAAUCUUGACGGUAAUACCCCUUAGUCGAAAUAAUCCUGGUGAAUUGGUGCAAGGUUUUUUUUCGGAAUCUUUUAUGAGCUCUCGAUAAGCUGUGAUUGAGGUUGUUGAAAGGAAGUGCACUCGAACCAAUGGCAGUGGCAAGUAGCUGGAGUAAAUUCUUACUCCUGCUGUGGAAAAAUUGGAUCAUUCAAAAACGACACUACGUGCAGACAGCCUUCGAAAUACUCAUCCCAGCGCUAAGCUGCACCGUGCUUAUCUUACUCAGAGGACUAGUUGAUCCGGAAUUUUUCCCUGAAUCUACGAUAUGGAGACCUCUGGAAACAGAUACUGUAUCACAUUUAUUCCCAGAUGUGAAUCCAACAAUCGACCCUCCAAUCAACUUUAUGAUAGCGUAUUCGCCGCAGUGCCCUUUGGUGGAUAGACUCGUUGCAAAUGCGGCACUUCAAAUACAAGAACCUCUGGAACUUCAACCGUUCCCGAAUGCCCAAGCCUUGGAGAAUUUCUUGCGCAACAACAACACCUUGGUGGGGAUAGAAUUUCCCGAAAACUACCAAUCACUGGCUACGUUGCCAAGCAAAGUGACUUUUGCCCUACGGUACCCAUCGGAAAUGCGAACGUUUCAGGACACUUUCAGUGCCUUCUGGGCUAAUUGGGCAACGGAGCUGAUGUUUGCACAGUUUCAAAUAGCAGGUGCCACCUACCGCGAUUGGCAUGACGGAGGCUAUCCGGCUAACUACCACAACGAAUCCUUCAUAGCCAUACAGAGUGCAGUGGCUAAGGCCAUCAUUCUGGAACGGGAGCCGGAGAUGGAGUUUCCGAAGGUGUUUCUUAGGAGAUUCCCGUAUCCUCCGUACUACAGCGAUCCCCUGCUGACGGGCCUGGAAAAUCUGCUUCCACUGAUAAUUGUGAUAGCCUUCUUCUACACCGCGUUGAACACCGUCAAGUACAUAACGGUGGAGAAGGAACGGCAGCUGAAGGAAACAAUGAAAAUCAUGGGUCUGUCAUCUGGACUGCAUUGGGCGGCCUGGUUUGUCAAAAGCAUUUUACUCCUAUCAAUUUCGAUAACGCUAAUAACCAUCCUCCUUUGCGCGAAAUUAACGACCAACAGUGAAUUGGCCAUUUUCCACUACGCCGAUUGGACCGUGGUUUGGGUUUAUCUGUUUGCGUACAGCGUGGCGACCAUUUGCUAUUGCUUUAUGUUGAGCACAUUCUUUUCCAAAGCGAAUCUUGCCGCUGGAAUAGCCGGAUUGAUCUGGUUUAUAAUGACCGUGCCGUACAAUGUUGCCUUUGCAAACUAUGAACAGCUUUCGUUGGCCGUAAAACUAGCGCUGUGCACAUUUGCUAAUUCAUCAAUGUCUUUCGGGUUCAUGUUGAUGAUGAGACAUGAGGGAACUUCAACCGGACUGCAGUGGUCUAAUUUGUUCGAACCAGUUACGGUGGAUGACGAUUUUUCGGUUGGAUACACUAUGCUUAUGCUUUUGCUAGAUGCUUUUCUGUAUCUGCUGGUGGCUUUAUACGUGGAACAAGUUUUCCCGGGGGAGUUCGGGGUAGGUCAACCAUGGUACUUUUUGUUCACGAAAAAAUACUGGACAAGAAAACCAAAGAAGUCCUACGCGCACAAAACAUAUCCCACAUUUGAUGAGAACCAGGAGAAAGAGCCUUCGGGGAAACACGCCGGUAUCAGCAUACGAAAUCUGAGGAAAGUUUUUAACAAAGAUAAAACUGCCGUCAGUGGACUGAAUUUGAAUAUGUACGAAGAUCAAAUAACGGUUUUGCUUGGACAUAAUGGAGCUGGCAAGACAACGACCAUGUCAAUGUUGACAGGAAUAUUUGCUCCAACAUCAGGAACAGCAAUAAUCAACGGCUACGAUAUCACCACUGAUAUUGACGGUGCACGGGGGUCUUUGGGUCUCUGUCCUCAACACAACGUCUUGUUUGAUGAAAUGACAGUUGCAGAGCAUAUAGAAUUUUUCUCUAGGCUAAAAGGAACACCGAAAUCUGCCAUCAAGGAUGAAAUAGAUCGAUAUACCAAGCUAUUGGAACUGAUGGACAAAACGAACAAACAAUCACGAACUUUAUCUGGGGGUAUGAAACGAAAACUAUCCGUUGGCAUAGCUCUUUGUGGAGGAUCUAAAGUGGUGUUAUGUGAUGAACCAACAUCUGGAAUGGAUCCAUCAGCAAGGCGUGCGCUGUGGGAUUUGCUGAUAAAGGAAAAGAAAGGUCGAACUAUACUACUGUCGACACACUUUAUGGACGAAGCAGAUAUUCUCGGAGAUAGAAUCGCGAUCAUGGCUAAUGGCGAUUUGAAAGCCGUUGGGUCGUCGUUUUUCUUGAAGAAAAAGUUUGGUGUCGGUUACAGAUUAAUAUGCGUGAAAAGCGAAGAUUGCGACAGCCAAAAGUUGAAGUCUCUUUUGAGAAAGUAUAUACCAAGCAUUGAAAUUGACACCGACAUAGGAACAGAGUUGUCAUUUGUGCUGGACGAGAAGUACACGGACAUAUUUGAAAAAAUGCUUCAAGAGGUGGAAGAAAAUUCAGCUUCUGUGGGAAUACGGAACUAUGGAAUUUCUCUCACAACCAUGGAAGAAGUUUUCUUACGAGUUGGCAGUGAUUCUUAUGCCCUGGACCAGAAUUCCUCUUUAAAAGAAAGCGAGCUUGAACUAGCAGAAAAUGGAGUAUCUCAUUCAACUAUCAAACUGUAUGAAGACCAGGAAAAACUGCUGGAAGGCUCAAGCCUAACCUUUAAUCAAAUACGAUCCAUGUUCCUAAAGAAGAUCCUAUCGACCAAACGCAGUUGGGUGCAACAGCUCGUACAGCUGCUGAUUCCGGUUUAUUUUAUCUCCGUUACGGUUGCAAUUGUCCGCUCGUUUCCCGGCAUCCGAGAAUUGCCUCCACUUCCGAUCACCAUCACAAAUUACUCGGAAACGCGAACUCUACUGGAACUUAGCUCUUCAGAUGAUCCCAUACGAAUUGGAUAUCAGCGAGUUUUCGACGGAUAUUCGGACACUCAUACAUUUUCAGUGAUAUCCGGAGAGAUGAUCGAUUAUAUUUUAGCAUUGUCAACCGCUAACAUUGGUCGAGUCAAUCGACAGUAUAUGACGGCCACAACCGCAGGGGAUAAUACGACGGUUUGGUUCAAUGCUCAAGGUUUCCACACCGCACCUUUGGGGAUAAGCAUAUUCUACAACGCCUUGUUGAAGCUCGUAUGUCCGGAUUGUGAAAUUGUCACCGUAAAUAAACCGUUGCCUUACAGACCCAACACGAGGUUCAUUCAACUUCAAUCUGGAAACAAUCUUGGAUUUCAACUAUCGUUCAACACUGGAUUUGCCAUGUCUUUCAUCGUGGCCAUGUAUAUAAUGUUCUAUAUCAAGGAAAGGACAUCUCGAGCUAAACUGUUACAGUUUGUCAGUGGCAUCAGUGUGUUCACCUUCUGGUGCGUAUCGUUUAUCUGGGACUAUUUCACCUUCUUGAUAACAGCGCUGGUGUAUCUGGGAACUCUGGCCAUAUAUCAAGAAGAAGGCUGGGCCACCCCCGAAGAUCUGAGUCGAGUUCUAUCGAUAAUGGUUGUCUUCGGAUUUGCCUUUCUUCCCUUGACUUAUCUAUGCUCGUUCUGGUUUGACGUCCCAUCAACGGGUUUUGUCAAAAUGAUGAUGAUCAACAUAUUCAGUGGAACCAUAUGCUUUACGGCCGUGUUUCUGCUGAAAUUUGAUGGCUUCAAUUUGAAAGACAUAGCCAAUGGAUUGGAGUGGGUGUUUAUGAUUUUCCCAAUAUUUUCACUCAGCCAAACACUAAGUAAUAUGAAUGUGAUGGCUGCCACCAGAUCGGUUUGCGUACAUCAGUGUGAAUCGAUGGAGUUUUGUACGGAAGAGCUGAUGUGCCUGAUGUUUCCCAGGUGUUGUGAUACUCAAAUGUUCACCUGGGAAAAUCAAGGAGUCAAUAGGCAAAUCGUUUACAUGACCAGCGUUGGAGCUGUAGCUUUCAUUGUGCUCAUUUUGAUAGAGUUUAAAUUUUUCUCACGUAUAUUUAUCAAUCGGUGCAGUAAAAAUCCAGCAAAUCCCUCAAGAGAUAUCACAGCUACAAUGGAUGAUGAUGUUUUGAGAGAGACGGAACGUGUUCACAAUCUUUCCAGCAAAGAGAUUCUCCAAGGCAAUUUGGUGAUGAAAAAUAUUACCAAAUACUACAACCGAUUUUUAGCAGUCGAUCGAAUGAAUCUAUCAGUUGAUCAUUCGGAAUGUUUCGGCUUAUUAGGAGUUAACGGAGCUGGCAAAACUUCCACCUUUAAAAUGCUGACGGGAGAUGAAAAUAUCUCGGCAGGUGAAGCUUGGGUUAAAGGAAUCAAUCUUAAUACUAAUAUGAACAGAGUGUAUCGGCACAUCGGAUACUGUCCUCAAUUUGAUGCCAUGUUAGAAGAUUUAACAGGAAGAGAAACUCUAAAAAUUUUCGGUCUUUUAAGAGGAAUUCCAAGCAAUCAAAUUAGAGAAGCUUCAGAAAAGUUAGCACUUGAGCUGAAUUUCAUGCAACACAUCGACAAACGAGUCAAGGAGUAUAGCGGAGGGAAUAAGCGAAAACUUAGCACAGCUUUAGCUUUGCUAGCCAAUCCUUCGGUUAUCUAUCUAGAUGAACCAACAACGGGAAUGGACCCUGGAGCUAAGCGACACCUCUGGAAUGUUAUACUUAAAGUGAAAAAAUCCGGAAAGGCUGUAAUUCUUACAUCUCACAGCAUGGAAGAAUGUGAGGCUCUAUGUUCGCGACUUGCUGUUAUGGUGAACGGCGAGUUCAAAUGUAUCGGGUCGACGCAACAUUUGAAGAAUAAAUUUUCGAAAGGAUACUUCCUCACGGUUAAGCUGAAACGACUUUCCGAAAGCGAUGAUGAUUCUCACGCUCUCAAGGAGUACAUUCUACAAAAUUUCCCGGGCGCUGUCCUAAAAGAGGAGCACCAGGAUUCCCUAACCUAUCACAUAACUCACUCAAAACUGAAAUGGUCAACCAUGUUCGGGCUUAUGGAAAAAGCUAAGAAGACGCUCGGCAUCGAGGAUUAUGCGUUAGGGCAAACAUCACUGGAACAGGUGUUUCUGUUUUUUACAAAAUACCAGCGUGUGAGUGAUUGAGCGUAUGCUAGAAUAUGUAAGGUAGACCAAAGCAGUAUUAAA